AUGAAGGACCUUGCAGAGCAGCUAAAUGACGUCGAUCAUCUGGUAAGCGAAUCUCGUCUUGUAUUACAAAUGGUCACUGGUCUUUCCCAAGAAUAUGAUACCGUAGCCUCCUUUAUUAUUCAAGCCGACACAUCUUGGGAUGAUGCUAGAGAAAUGAUUGAGCGUGAACAACGGCGCCAAGCUGCUAGACAAGCCGCUCUCAUAGCCCAUAAUCCACAACCAUGCAAUCCUACCAAUCCACCUUUAAACCCACCUCCGCCACAAACGUACCAUCCUGCCCAAACUUAUGACACCCGAAACCCAACCCGGGGUAGAGGUCGUGGUCGUAACUCAUAUCGAGGUCCCGGACGCGGUCGCUAUUCUCAAUCACCACAAUACUAUCUCAACAGUUUCCCUGCUCAACAUCCGGCCCAGCAGAACCCCUCACCAUACGGCCCAAAUUCCUAUCCGAGUAACACCUGGUGGGCCUCCCCACCACCCUACCCUCAUCCGGCCCAAAGCCCUUGGCAGCCCAACUGGUUUCGGCCCACCACUCCCGCCCCACCACAAAAGCCUACUCAACCUCCCACACCACCUCCUGGCUUCGGCCUUACUGCACCUCCUCCACAGUACCCAUCUCAAACCGGUUACCCACCAAAACCCAACUGUGGAUCUGAUGCAGCCAACUGA